AUGACGUUAUUGAAGACUGUUGACUCUAUUAAGUGGCUUCCAAAGUCUCCUAAACUGUAUGGUGGGCACAACUGGAGCUCCCAGGGCUCUCGCUGGUCCUCGUUGAAAGGAAAGGAAAGUUUUCAGUGUGGAAACCUGUACAAAUUCAGUGCUGCUAAUGGAAAAUGGAGGGAGGGAAGGAUCAGUCCCGAGCAAGAAGCAGAGGAACUGGAGGAUCCUGAUGAUGAACCUAUUUCCAAGUUUUCUGGCAGUCUGUUUGAUACUGACGACAGCAUGAGAGAUCAAAGAAACACCAGAACAGUUCUUCAAGAAAAGCACAAGUUGGCAAUGAAAGGGAAGACUCUUUCAGGGACUAACAUUAAGGUGCAGCCACCCAUCUCAGCAGCGGGCAGCUUCCCCAGUGAGAGUGGAUGCACCCUGGAGGAAUCGAGGGCAGUUGAUGUGCCACAGCCCCCACUGAAGGGGAUCGUGAUUGCACGGCUGCAGAAAGAUGGUCCAAUAGACUUGGCUGGGGUACAAGCAGGACACAGAGUGGCAGAGGCAUCCCUCGUUUCAGAACCCAACAUUCUUGAUGCUGGUCCCAUUGAAGCUUCAUCCAAGGGCAGUCCCUUCCCAACAGUAAACCACAUCAUAACAAUACCUCGAAUAAUCCUCACACGCCCUUCCACUUCUGAUGAAGAUAACGACCAGUUGCCCCCAGACCCGGAUGACUUUGAGCCUGAGGAACCCGACAGCACAGAAGGCCAUGCCUAUUCGGACUGUCUGAACAGUGCUUUUUACCCUCCCUAAUAAAGUACUUCUCUGGAAGGA